AUGAAUUUCUUGCGUCCUCCCCUAACUUCUUUUAUUAAAACUCUUGCUGAUCCAUAAUUGGAAUCAGAACAAUUUAUGAUUGGUAAUGAAUCUAUUACAAGCAAAAAGGAUGUUAUUAGAUAGUUACAAGAGUAAAUCCUAUAUUUUAAGGAGGCUCAUAAUUUUACAUAGUCAGAAAUAGAAGUGAUAAAAUAAUUUGAAUUACUCAUAGAAAGCAAAUAUAAGAGAAGAGCCAAUGACAUUCAGUCUCAUAGUCAACUUACAAAUUUAACAAGGAAAAAGAAGUCAGAAUUGUUUAGAAUGAAGCGUGUAAAGAAAAGAGCUAAGAUCAAGGUAUAUGCUAAGAAACUUAAUGCAGCAAGAAAUAGAUUUCGUAUAUUGGGUUAAUUCAUAUCAAAUGAAGAGAUUCAAAUAAUAGAUGAAACUUUUGGAUCACAUGUCUUUAGCGACAAUCACAAUUUCAAUCUUAAAAUUGGAAGAGCAUUGAAAAAUAAAUUUGGAUAUGAAUAUUAUGAUAAAUCUUAAGUGAUAAAGGAGAUUAAAAGUAUAAAGAGAUAACAAGACCAGAUUUUGAGUCGUAUAUAGGGAAAUAAAUAAAUAUUUUGCAUAAAAACUAAAUAAUUAAAAUAAUGAAUGAAUUACUUAAUUAUGCUCUUGCAAAAUGUUUCCAAGAAAAUAUCUUAAAUGUUGUAAAAGUGAAGACAAGAGUACAUAAGCCCUUGCUCACUUCUGGUUCCUAAGUUAUAGAUUUACCAUAAAGAAAUUAAUCAAAUUUUAUGUCAAAAAAGUCUCAUCCUUCAUGCGAUUUUUAAUUAGAAACGGAACUUGAAUAUUCUCAUUGUAAAAUUAGAUAGAGAUCUAUAAAUGAUGUCUAAUUACCUCACAUUUAGUUAGAUGCUAUAAACAGAAACUUCUUUGAUAAUUAAAAUAUUAACGAUUCAGAUUGUCCAACAACUAAGAGAUAUGAUAGAUUUAGAUCAUUUUCUACAAAAGCAAAUAAGAAUCAUAAAAAAGGUUACUUAGGUCUAGAUAUUAACAAUUAACAAAUAACUUUAAUUUAUAAGAAAUUACUGAUAAAAUUAAAUUCAGAAUUUACAAAAUUCUAAGUAUAUAUUAUUUUUAAUAUGUAUAUUAGUUAACAUUGUAUUUAACCUAAUAUAUUGGAUGUUUGGAUUAUGUUAGUAAAUUAUUAAAUUUAUUAAACUUUCCAUCUAAAAUAACAUUACCAUCUUUUAAAUAAUUGAUUUAUUAGAUUUAAGAAAUGCAAUAAAUUGGUAUAAAUAAUGUAAUAUAGAGAUUCUAUAAUUUAUAUUUUAAACAUUUGAUCUUGAUUGCAAAGGAUUCAUUUCAUCAUCUGAUUUAUUUAAAAUGUUUACAUCAAAUGGAGCAAUUUAAAAAGAUGUAGAUUUUAUUUAUAAAAAUGUUCCUAUUGAAAAUGAAAGAGAGAAAAAACUUUAAAAGAUUUAUUUAUGUGAAUUUAAAGAAAAACCAAGACCAAUGUUAAUAACAAUGA